AUGAGGCUGAUUGGUAGGCGGCAGAGUGAUGCCAGAACAUACAAUUUGCCCACUGCUUCUGAGGUUGCUGCUUUAAUUGUUGGCGAUCUAGACCCUACACUAGGGCAACGAGAUAUAAUAGUGGAGACAAAGGCCGGGUCACUUAAGAGAAUAAACGAGCUCAAUCCAGCAUACUUGCCGUUGCAAUAUCCUAUUUUGUUCCCGUUAGGCGAAGAUGGUUAUCGUGAAGAUAUCCAGUACUGUACUACAGCUACAAAAACAACUGGCGCUAGGGUUCGUGUUUCCCAGCGGGAAUAUUUUGCUUACAGAAUCCACGACAGGUUCAGUGAACUGUCAACAAUGUUAUAUGCGAGACGACUGUAUCAACAGUUCCUGGUUGAUGCUUACACCAUGGUGGAAUCCGGCAGGUUACUUUACAUUCGCAAUAAUCAGAAGGCAUUGCGGUGUGAGGCAUACAAGGGGCUGACUGAUGCUCUGACUAGGGGGGAGGUUGAUACAAACAAGCAAGGUAAGAGGAUCAUAUUACCUUCGACUUUCACAGGGGGUGCUCGAUAUAUGAUACAGAAUUAUCAGGAUGCAAUGGCCAUUUGCAGACAUAAGGGGUAUCCUAACUUAUUUAUAACAUUCACAUGCAAUCCUAAGUGGCCUGAGAUUCAAAGAUUUAUGGACAAAUGCAACCUCAAUGCAGAAGAUAGGCCAGACAUUGUAUCUAGAGUCUUCAAGAUGAAGUUGGAUGCUUUAGUGAAAGAGAUACGCAAUGGCAAGCUAUUUGGUAUUGUAACCGCAGUGGUGUAUACUAUAGAAUUUCAUAAACGUGGGUUACCACACGCUCACAUACUCAUAUUCCUAGAAAGAUUGACCGAAGGCUUUUCAGCUAAUCACAUGGAUGAGUUCAUAUCUGCCGAAAUACCUAACAAGGAACAAGACUAUGAGUAUUAUAAAGCUGUUGGGGAAUUUAUGAUGCACGGGCCAUGUGGACAAGAAAGACCUAAAUCUCCGUGCAUGGUCAAUAAAAAGUGCUCUAAACAUUUUCCCAAAAAAUUUGUUGAGGUAUCCACAUUGGAUGAUGACGGUUACCCAAUCUACAGGCGUCGUGACAAUGGUGCAACAGUCGAAAGAAAUGGGGUGCAUUUGGACAGCAGGUACUGUGUUCCGCACAAUAGAUAUCUACUGUUGAAAUACAAGGCACAUAUAAACGUUGAAUGGUGCAACCAAUCAAGAUCAAUCAAAUAUUUGUUCAAGUAUGUCAACAAAGGGAAUGAUAGGGUGACUGCUGAAUUCUACAAGACCACAAAUGAUGAAAACGAAAAUGUAGCCGUGGAUGAAAUUACAAUGUAUUACGACUGUCGAUACGUGUCCGCGUGCGAGGCAGCUUGGCGAUUGUUGAGUUUCGAUGUACAGCUUAGGCACCCCCCCGUUGAGAGACUAAGCUUCCAUUUGCCAGACUGCCAAACAGUUGUUUUUGAGGAUGAUGAUAGGAUUGAAAAUGUGCUUAAUAGACCGACUGUCAAUCAAAGUAUGUUCACCGCAUGGUUUGAUGCUAACAAGAAAUAUGCAUCUGCUAAAGAGUUGGCUUAUAUUGACAUGCCAAUCCGUGGUCCGACGAGUUUUCAAGACAUCAAGACAGUUCAAGGUGUUGUAUACCCAACUUUUAGAGAUGCAUGCUAUGCUAGAGGGCUGCUAGACGAUGAUAGAGAAUACAUUGAUGCAAUUAAUGAAGCAAGUAAUUGGUCUACUGCCCAAUCUUUGAGGAAAUUAUUUGUCAUAUUACUCACUGCAAACUUGGUGAAUCGACCUGAGAAUGUGUGGAAUCACGUCUGGCACCAUCUAUGUGAGGAUUGCCAAUAUAACAGGAGAUUAGUGCUGAAAGACAUGGGGUUGCGAUUGUCUGAUGAUGAGAAGAAAAACCUAGGUCUUCUUGAACUAGAGCUUUUAUUGCAGCUGUACAACAAGUGUUUGAAAGAUUACCCGCAAAUGCCAAAUCCAAAUUAUGAUGAUGCAUUAUUGGCUAACAAUCGAUUGCUGUUUGAUGAGCUUAACUACGACAGGCAGGCUAUGAGAGAAGAAAGUGAGAAGAUGGAGAGUCAAUUAACUGAUGAGCAGUUUGUUGUAUACGACACCAUUCUAAGUGAUAUACAAAAUCAAAGUGGGGGGUUGUUCUUUGUAUAUGGUUAUGGAGGUACAGGAAAAACGUUUGUUUGGAAAGCAUUAUCUUCGAAGAUAAGAUCGGCAGGUGAUAUUGUACUGAAUGUUGCAUCAAGUGGUAUUGCAUCAUUACUACUCCCAGGAGGUCAAACAGCUCACUCAAGGUUCGCCAUUCCAAUUGCAGUUAACGAGGAUUCCACGUGCAACAUUAGUCAAGGUAGUCAACUGGCCGAACUGCUAAUCCAAGCCAAGCUAAUCAUAUGGGAUGAAGCACCCAUGAUGCACAAACACUGUUUUGAGGCUCUGGAUAAGACAAUGCGAGACCUUAUGCGGUAUAGCGAUCCUCAGAGCGUGCAUAAGACAUUUGGCGGGAAGACAGUGGUAUUAGGGGGUGACUUCAGGCAGAUAUUACCGGUCGUUCCUAAAGGCUCUCGGCAAGAUAUUGUGUCUGCUGCAAUCAACUCAUCUUACCUGUGGGAGUCAUGCCGAGUACUACGCCUGACAAAGAACCUGCGUCUUAGAACACUUGAUGCGUCUGCCAAUAAACUGCAUAUUGAACAGUUUGCUGCUUGGUUGGCUGAUAUAGGAAAUGGAACUUUAGGCGGACGUAAUGAUGGCCAUGCAAAAGUUGAAAUACCGAAAGAAAUGUUAUUGCCAUCAGAUGGUGACUACAUAUCUACAAUAGUGGAUAGUGUAUUCCCUAUGUUCAGGCAGGGCGGAUCAGACUUUCAACAAAUGGAGAAUCGUGCCAUACUUGCGCCAACACUAGAUGUGGUCAAUGUGGUAAAUGAGUAUAUGAGUGAUUUGCAUGUUGUUGAGAGCCAUACAUACCUAAGUUGCGACAGUGUUUGUAAGUCUGACUCAACGAAUGGUAUACUAUAUGAUAUGCACACUCCAGAAUUUUUAAACGGGGGUAUACUAUAUGAUAUGCACACUCCAGAAUUUUUAAACGGGUUGAAAGCUUCGGGCAUACCCAACCACUCUUUAACUUUGAAGAUUGGGUCUCCCGUAAUGUUGUUGAGAAAUAUAGAUCACUCAAUGGGACUUUGUAAUGGUACAAGAUGA